CCUGCCUGCUGGCCACGCUGCUCGUGUACGCCCUGCUGCCCGACCUGCGCCGCUCCGCGCACGCCAAGGCGCUCGUGGGCCACGUGGCCGCGCUGCUCGUCGGCUCCGUGGCGCAGGCGGCCGGACAGCUGCGCGCCGCGCUGCCCGACGCGCAGUGCCACGCUCUAGCAUUCAUCGUGCAGUUCUCCUUCCUGGCAGCAUUCUUCUGGCUGAAUGCCAUGUGCAUCGACAUAGCGUGGGCCUUUAGCGGGUACCGGGCCAUGCAGGGCAGCAUCUCGGAGCGCGACCGGCGCAAGUUCCUCUACUACUCUGCGUACGCGUGGGGCAGCCCGGCCGUCAUCAGCGCCGUCACCGCUCUGCUCGAGUUCGCCCAAGGGCUGCCAGAGCACCUGCUGCGCCCCAACUUCGGCAAACGCACCUGCUGGUUUUACAGCAAGAUGGCGACGUUGGCGUACUUCUACGGGCCGAUGGCGGCGCUGCUGCUGGCGAACGUGGCGCUGUUCGCGUACACGACGGCGCGCAUCGUGCGCGUGCAGCGCGAGACGGCCGUGCUGAGCGGCGGCGACAGCGGCAGGCACGACGGCGGGGGCGGCGGCGCGGGCGGCGGCGGCAGCGCGCUGCGCGGGGACCGCAAACGGCUGAUGCUGUACCUGAAGCUGUUCUGCCUGAUGGGCGUGACGUGGAUAACGGAGAUUAUCUCGUGGGCCGAGGGCUCCGACGGCGUCUACUGGUACGUCACCGACGCCAUCAACCUCCUGCGGGGCCUCUUCAUCUUCGUGCUCUUCUGCUGCAAACCGAAGGUGCUAAAGCUGCUGCGGCGGCGCGUGCGCGAGCUGUGGCUGUGCGCAGGCGGCUGCUGGCGCUCGGACGGGCGCGAAUAA